GUCCACAGCUAGUCUUCUUCUGUCUGUCAACCGUCAGAUCGCUUGAUCAUUGUACAUAAGGUCUUCUCCUUUCUCUCUCUCUCUGAAACCAUUUCAUGGUUCCGUCCUCCAUCAUCAUCAUCAUCAUCAUCAUCAUCAUCAUCAUCAUCAUUUACUUCUUCUUCUCCUCAAAACCUAAACCCCCUUUUAACAAUUUCCUCUUCAUUUCUUGAAUAUUUUGUUUAUCUCUUCUUCUCAAAAAAUUUAGGUUAUAAUUGAUUUUGAUUGGAAGGUUCCUUUGUGAUGAUUACCUUGUAGAAUUUUUGGUAUCUCUCUGGUGGAGUAGCUAUUUUUGGUGUUUGGUUUUAGGGUUUUUUUUUGAGAGAUGUCAGUUGCAGAACUUAAAGAGCGGCAUGUAGCUGCAGCAGCAACUGUAAAUUCACUUAGAGAACGAUUGAAGCAGAAAAGACUUCUUCUACUUGAUACAGAUGUUGCUGGGUAUUCGAGAUUACAAGGAAGAAGUGCGAUUAGCUUUGGACCUACUGAUCUGGUGUGUUGCAGAACAUUGCAAGGACACACUGGAAAGGUUUAUUCAUUGGAUUGGACUCCUGAGAAGAACAGAAUUGUCAGUGCAUCACAAGAUGGAAGGUUAAUCGUAUGGAAUGCUCUAACAAGCCAGAAAAUACAUGCAAUAAAGCUACCCUGUGCAUGGGUCAUGACAUGUGCCUUCUCGUCUAGCGGCCAGACUGUUGCGAGUGGUGGCCUUGAUAGUGUCUGCACUAUCUUCAAUCUUAAUUCACCAAUUGACAAGGAUGGGAAUCUUCCGGUAUCAAGAAUACUUAGUGGACACAAGGGUUAUGUAUCAUCGUGUCAGUAUGUUCCGGAUGAUGACACACACUUAAUAACAAGCUCUGGUGAUCAGACAUGUGUUUUAUGGGAUGUUACUACAGGACAGAGAAUUUCCGUCUUUGGAGGUGAAUUCCCAUCCGGGCACACUGGCGAUGUUUUGAGUGUUUCGAUUAAUGGAUCAAACUCAAAGAUUUUUGUCUCUGGUUCAUGUGAUGCAACUGCUCGAUUGUGGGACACACGUAUUGCAAGUCGAGCAGUACGGACAUAUCAUGGUCACGAUGGAGAUGUGAAUACUGUUAAAUUUUUCCCGGAUGGGCAGAGAUUUGGAACUGGCUCGGACGAUGGUACAUGCAGGUUGUUUGACAUGAGGACUGGACACCAGCUCCAGGUUUAUCAACAACCUGGAGGUAUUGAUGUUCCUACUGUGACUUCUAUUGCGUUCUCAUCAUCAGGCAGGCUCUUGUUUGCUGGAUAUUCCAAUGGGGAUUGCUUCGUGUGGGAUACUUUGUUAGCAAAGGUUGUUCAUAACUUGGGUUCUCUGCAAACCUCACACGAGGGUCGGAUAACCUGUUUGGGGUUGUCAGCUGAUGGGAGUGCGUUGUGUACAGGAGGUUGGGAUAGGAAUCUCAAGAUUUGGGCUUUUGGAGGGCUGCGAAAGGUGACUUAAAUUGCCAAAUAGGAAACAAGUGCUAUGCUCAUAACCAACCGGCAAGCAGGUCUCGCACUCCCCCACAAUUAAUUAUCUUAACUUGUAGAAGGAUCCUCCAUUUGUUUAUUGGGAGUGUGAUUGAAAGUAUUUGUUGAGUUUAUGUAACAAUUCCCCAUAUUGGUAGGGGAAGCGUUUUGAGAGAGGAAAAAGCAGAGAAGUUCCUCUUGCUAUUGUUGUAUCAGCACGGGGGUUUGUUUAUGUUAAACUGUGUUCCUUUACUAGCUACAAAUGUUAUCCGAUUAGUGAGACAAA